CGCUGCGGCGUGCUCUCUAUGGCUGUGGGGGGCCCUGGGGAUCUCUAUGGCAGCGGCGGCCGCGCUGCCGGGCGGGCGGGCACCGGAGGCGCCGGCCGCCAGGCACUGACCGGGCCCGGGCGGCGGGAGGAUGCCCCUGGCUGCCUACUGCUUCCUCCGAGCCGUGGGGAAGGGCAGCUACGGGGAGGUGAGCCUCGUGCGGCACCAGCAGGACAGCAAGCAGUAUGUCAUCAAAAAGUUAAACCUUAAAAAUGCUUCCAACCGAGAGAGGAAAGCAGCAGAACAAGAGGCACAGUUGUUAUCCCAGCUGAAACACCCGAACAUAGUCACCUACAGAGAGUCCUGGCAGGGGGAGGAUGGCCUAUUAUAUAUUGUUAUGGGAUUCUGCGAGGGAGGAGAUCUGUAUCACAAACUUAAAGAGCAGAAGGGCAAGCUUUUGCCUGAGAAUCAGGUGGUGGAGUGGUUUGUCCAGAUUGCCAUGGCAUUGCAGUAUUUACAUGAAAAGCACAUUCUGCACAGAGAUCUUAAAACUCAAAAUGUUUUUCUGACACGAACAAAUAUAAUCAAAGUGGGUGACCUGGGAAUAGCCAGAGUGUUGGAAAACCAAUAUGACAUGGCCAGCACUCUCAUAGGCACACCAUACUACAUGAGCCCCGAACUCUUUUCUAACAAACCCUACAACUACAAGUCUGAUGUUUGGGCAUUAGGCUGCUGCGUUUAUGAAAUGGCUACACUGAAACAUGCCUUUAAUGCUAAAGACAUGAACUCUUUGGUUUAUCGAAUUAUUGAAGGAAAGUUGCCACCCAUGCCAAAGGAUUACAGCCCCCAGUUGGUCGAAAUAAUACGAACUAUGCUCAGUAAAAAACCUGAGGAAAGACCUAGUGUGAAAAGCAUAUUACGACAGCCAUAUAUCAAGCACCAAAUUUCUUUGUUUUUGGAAGCCACGAAGGCGAAAGCAGCCAGAAGUAAUAGGAAAACAGUGAAUUCUAAACCUAAAGAUCCUUGUUCUGUGGUCUCAGUAAAGAAUGAAUCUCAUAUCAGGAAUGUUACACACCAAAAUCACUCCUCUGAGCAAGCCAAGAAAUACAAAGUUAAUGAAGAAGAUUGCAUCAUCAAAUAUAAAGCCACCAAAUUUUGUCCCUCAGAGAAACCAGCUGUUGAGUUGGAAAGAAAACCAAGCAAUAAUGAUUUGAACAACCUGGGAGACUCCUUAGCUACAGUUAGUGAAGUGAAUAUUGAUAUCUUACCAUCUGGAAGGACGAAGUAUGGAAGCGAGAAGUAUGGCAGUGAGCAUAUUCCAGAGAAUAAUAAAGCAAAGUAUUUAAAUGUUCCAGGGAGUUCUAAAAUAACAUCCAGUAGCCCACCAAUUAAGGAAGAUGGACUACAGCAAAGAGCAAAGCAAGCUUUUAAAGCUGAAAAUGUUGAGUCUAAGCAGUCUUCUGCAGAUGGUAUAGAAGAAGAUGGUGACACUUUGAAGCUCCUGCAGCCUGUAUCAAAAGACCAAAAGCAAACUGACCUGAGCUUGGAUUCUACUGAAAAGCUGCUAGCACCGUUUGUUCCUGUUGUAAUUCAAGAUGAUGUCUGUCAUGGAGCUUCAGGAGAUGCUCAGGAAAAAAUUACUUCCCACUUGCAGCCUCAUAGCUCUGUCAGUGAACCCUCUCUCUCACGGCAGCGACGGCAGAAGAAAAGAGAGCUAGCUGAAGUCUGUUCAGAGAAGUUCAGAACAGUUGCUCCUCGGCCUUUACCUUUUCCUUCUGACGCGAAGGGAAAGGCAACACAGAGGUGUGCAGAGCAGCAUGGUGCUGAAGCCUCUGAAUCUGUAAAUAGCACCAAAACCAGUCAAGUUGCUAUUUCAAAGGAGCGGCCCUUGUCAGCAAGGGAACGAAGGAGGCUAAAACAGUCUCGGGAGGAGAUGUUUCCCUCUGCUAAUUUAAAAUACAUGCAGCUAAGUUGUAAAUAUUGUAAAAAUGUCAUCCUUCCAGUGAUUCCAGCAGGACGAACGUCAAAUAGUGCAGUAGUUGAAGCAAAAUCACAUAUGGAAAAUCAUGUUAAAGUUGCUCAGUCCUCAUCAGAUCCCAGUAUUUCUCAGAGAAAGAGAGAAACCCAUUGCCUGUCUGAUGAUGAGUUAAGCUCUUCCACAAGCUCUACAGAUAAGUCUGAUGGCGAUUCCAAGGAGAGAAAAAGCAAUAUGAAUGAAAUGAAUGACUUGGUGCAGCUAAUGACAUGGACACUGAAAAUGGACUCUAAGGAGAACUCUGAAUACUGUGUAACCUCGACUCCAGCCCCAGAGUUUAAACUUCAUAGAAAAUAUCGAGACACUUUGAUUUUGCAUGGAAAAUCACCUGAUGAAUCAGAGGAAUUAAAAUUUGAAGAGAUUUCUUCAGAUAUGUUAUCAGUUCCUGACAAGAUUAGGAGAAUGGUUGAAAUCCUGAGAUCUGAUGUAGUGCAAGGAUUGGGAGUGAAACUUCUUGAAAAGGCAUACAGCAUCAUGGAAGAAGACGAUGAAGUGAAGAGAGAGCUGCAGUUGCGGGAGCAUAUGGGAGACAAGUAUGCAAGUUACAGUGUGAAAGCACGCCAUCUGAAAUUUCUUGAAGAAAACGUGAAGUUCUGACCAGAACCUUUUUCCUAGAGAAAAGGACUGUUUUAUAUCUCAUUUGAUAGAUUGAACCAGCUUACAUUUAUCCAUUGACCUCCUUUGCUGGAAUAAGGGGGUGAACUUGCAAAAAAUGUUAGAGCUUGUAGUAAUAUUUUUCAUGUUAAAAUGUGAACCAGGCUAUCACUUUCUCAGAAGAUAAACUGUUUAGUUUAGUUUUUAUUCUCUUAAUGAAACUUUAAAAAGUUGCUUUUUAUAGAUGCAAAGAAGGAUGGAUACCAAGUUUUGUAUACAAAGGAGUAUCAAAAAAAAAAAAGUUUUGGUUUGAAUUUGUCAUAGCAAAAGGUUUUUGGUAUGGUCACAUACUAAAUAUGGUAACGAAAUCUAUGCCAAGGCUAUGGUGUGAUAGGCUAUAAGCUAUUACAUUAAAUAGUUGUGAAAAUUUAGCAGGGAGAAACAAUUACUAAUUUUUGUAGCACCAAAAGCUCUCCAGGUUCUGUAAAUUGCCAAGUUAAAGUGCUGGGGGGCAGGGGGGCCUGUACUGCUUUUAAGCAGAGCCUUUGCUUUUGUGUUUUAUUGCUAAGGCAAUCACCAAGGUGGUGGAAAGUAUUUGGUAACUGGAUAAAAUAAGUCUGAAAAUGUUUGAAGGGAACACAGCCAUGGUUACCAUGGUCCCAGCUGGAGAACUCCCUUUGCCUUACAAAUACUAAUUCCUUUUACAAAUGAAAAGUGCCCAAGACCAGGAUCACUUAGAGAAACAGGCAUCUUAGCUCUUCCCUGUCUUUGCAUCUAGGUUGUGUUCCUAGACAUGCACAGGCAUUGUCAUGUACCAUCACUACAGAAAAAGCACGUGUUCUUUUUAAAGGAUAAAGAAGUCAAAGGGAAUUGAAUUUGUAAAAUAAAAUUUUAAAUGCA